AUGACUGUUAACAAAAUGAAAGAAGAGCAGCAUCCUUUUGUAGACAUAUUUGAUGAAGAUGAAACUGAGAAAAAUUUCAUGUUGUCCAAACCUGUUUGUUUUGUUGUAUUUGGGAAGCCAGGGGUUGGGAAGACAACUUUGGCCAAUUAUAUAACACAGACAUGGAAAUGUAUUCCUGUAGAAGCUUUGCCAGUUUUGGAAGAAUUGAUUGCCUCCGAUACCCCAUCAGGAAACUUGUUGCAAUCCAUGCUGCACAAGGGGCACAGCAUUCCAGAUGAAGUCAUUAUAAAGCUCCUGUUGGAGAAGCUCAACUCCCAGCAAGUGUCACACUUUGGUUAUAUUAUUACUGAAAUACCGUCACUUUCAGAAGAUACCUUGACUAUUCGACAGCAGAUUGACUUCAUUAAAAAUUUAAAUUUGAAACCUGAUAUCAUAAUUAAUAUUAAGUGUCCGGACCAUGAUUUAUGUAAUAGAACUUCUGGACAGCGGCAGCACAGUAUGACAGGGCACCUCUACAUAAGGGACCAGUGGGAUCUUGAUGCCAUUGGGAAGCGUAGGAAGAAGAGGAAAGGAACCCUGAAAGAAACAAAAGCGGAAGAGGAAGGGGAAGAGGAAGAAGAGCAAGAAGAAGAGGAGGCACUUCUUGCUGGAAUUCAGUUGGUGGCUGGAAUUAUUCAACAUCUAGUUCAGAGACCUGAGGAUUAUAUGGAAAAUAUUGAGCAAGCUGUUAAGCUUUAUAAGGAUACAAUUCUUCCUUCUUUAGAGGAGAUGAUGGCUGAGCAUAAUUCACAGUAUCUCAUAGAACUAGAUGGAAAUAGGACCCCAGAGGAGCUCUUCAUGGUAAUUAUGGAUCGGCUUAAAUAUUUGAACCUAAGAAGAGCAGGUGUUCUAGCCAAACUUCAGAGUUCAGAGGAGGAAAUGAAUUACACAUUGGAAACUGAAGAAAUGCUUCGUUCUCUCGCGUCCUAUAAGCUUAUAGCACCAAGAUAUCGAUGGCAGAGAAGCAAAUGGGCACGUAUGUGCCCCGUGUCUUUAAAAGAAGGCAACAUUCAGGCCGGAUUGCCAGACUAUUCUGUGAGUUUCCUAGGUAAAAUGUACUGUCUUUCAUCAGAAGAAACACUAAAAACAUUUUUGUUGAACCCACGUCCCUAUCUUCUUCCACCAAUGCCAAAACCACCAGUUAAACUUUUUCUAUUUGGACCUCCAUCUUCAGGGAAAACAACACUUAGCAAUUUGCUGGCAGAACAUUAUAACCGACCGGUAAUUGACUACAACCAACUUGUUAUGCCACGUUUUGAAAAAGCCCGGGAAAUGCUAAUAAAAAAUAUGAUCAGUGAAGCCACAGAAAGAGCUAUUGCUCACGUGAAAGAGCGGCUUAUAGCACAACUACACACCGACGGAAAAGUUUCAAAUGAUCAAUCCAAAAGAGGUUCAGUGGAAAAUGAAGACAAAAAGACAUCAGAGAAAAACCCUGAUCAAGCUGGUAUUAGUCAAAAUGUUUUAGUCAAAGAUGAAGAAACCAACGAACCUACACCUGAAGAACAUUCCUUGGGCAUGAAUCAGAAAGCAAAUACAGAAACAACGCUAGACUUAAUAGAAGAGGUAACUGCAGAUCAUCCAGAAGUUGUCUCUAUGAUAGCAGGGUCUGUACAAAUGGUACAAAAUGCGAAUUUUGAACAACCAAAUGAAAAGUAUGCUGAAAUAUUAGCGGAAAUCCUCAAAGAAGUAGAAGAAGAAAACAUGAUCAGGUAUCCUGAUGCUUCAAAAUAUGGAGGCUGGAUUCUAGACAAUUGUCCAGUUCUGAAAGAACUGUGGGUUUUCCUUGUCGAAAAAGGAGUUAUACCUGAUUUGGUCAUUGUUUUAUCAAAUAUGGAAAACAACGGACAGUGUGUAUUAAAUAGACUAUAUUUGCAGAAUAAGUCUGAAAUUGAUUCCAGUAUUAUAGAAAGAUUAACACAAGAAAUGCUACUGAAGAAAAAAGAAGAAGAAGAAGCAAAAAAAGCUGACGAGGCACUUAGGAUACAAGAAAAUAAAAAAGAUUCAGAAUUAAUGAAGAAACCAAAACGCAAAAAUAUUGACCUAGAUGAAAUUGAAACUGAGGAAGCAUAUGCUGAAAAUGAGUUCGAACCAAAAUUAUCCAGAAACCCUGUGACAACUGAGGAGGUUAAGGGUGCACCAGAAGAGUCUGAACCAACUGACAAUGCUGAAAUAACCAAUGAAUCAGUUAAACAUAAUGCACAUAAUAUUUAUUUUUUUUCUGAACUUACUGAGGACACUACAGCUGAAGCAGAAAUUCCAAAAGGUUCCAAGGAGGACCUGGAAACUGAAGAUCUAAAUGUUGCAGUUUCACUCCCUGAGUUUCCAGCAGAUGCUUAUCCUGAAGUACCUGAAAUGGAGCCAUUUAAAGAGAAAGUUAAAUAUUUCAACAAUUACUGGAAAUUUAUUGAAGCAGUGAUAUUAGAGAAUACUCAGCUUCUAAACCUGGAAAUCACUGACAAAACUUCAGAGGAACUAUUACAAAAAGUUGUUGAUACAAUAGAAAGACCUUUUCAAUAUUCUGGGUGGGAAUUAAAUGUGGAAGAUUUUGAAGAAGAAACAGAAGACUAUCAGGCUGAAGCAGAAGUUGAGGAGGAUGAAGGAGAAGAGGAGGAGGAAGAGGAAGAGAGUGAAGAAAAAGCUAAAGAGAAGAAAAGACAUUUGGGAGAUUCGAAGCAUUUUUGUCCAGUGGCUCUCAAAGAAUAUUUCAUUCUACAGCCAGGCAACACAGACGAUGCAGUUAAAUAUCGAGAGAAGAUCUACUACAUGUCAAGUAUUGAAGCAAAAGAAAAGUUUUUGGAACAUCCCGAGGAUUAUGUGGCUCACAAAGAACCAUUAAAGGCUCCUCCUUUAAGAAUAUGUCUGUUGGGCCCUCAUGGCUCAGGCAAAACUGUCUGUGGAAGAAAAUUGGCAGAAAAAUUUGGCAUUUUUCACAUUCAGUUUGAAGAAUUUCUCCAAGAAAAACUAAUGCUCAAAACUGAAAAAAGAGCUGGGCCUGAAUUUGAGGAGGAGUCUGAUGAUGAACAGGCUUUUAAACAAGAAUUCGAAGAGCUUGCAGCUCAAGCUCAUGUUGCAAUUAAGAUAAGCAACACAAAGAAGCCAAAGCCUGUAGAUGUAGAGCUUACUGAAGAAGAAGAAGCAAUCAAGGCAAAUCUAAUGGAAAAUGACCCAUUGCCUUCUGAGAUCCUUGAAAAAUUCCUCUCUGAGUGGUGGUUUCAGGAACCAAUACGUUCCACAGGUUUUAUCUUGGAUGGUUUUCCACGAAAUCCUGAAGAGGCCCAGAUUCUGGGGGAACAUGGUUUUUUCCCAGAUGCUGCUGUUUUUUUGCAAGUUGAGGAUCAAGAUAUUUCUGAUCGUCUCCUUCCUGAGCUAAUUAAUAAAUGGAAAAUGAAACAGAAAAAGAAAUUAGAAAGGAAAAAUCUCAUCAAAGAAAUGAAGACAAAAAUCAGGAAUGAUAUGAUUUCUAAAAGAAGGGCUGAACUUUUAGCAGAGAGAGAAAAGAAAAGGAAAGAGGAACUUGGUAGAGACGAUGAUGAAACAACUGAGGAAGAGCCAGACGAUGAUGAUGAUAUUGACAAUAUCCUGGAAGAUGAGUUUCCAAAAGAUGAGGAAGAUUUAAAUGAAGAAGAAGAAGAACAGGAAGCUGAUGCGAUUGAUCGCCUGAGAACUGAAAUAGGAGAAAAAUUUGAGCUAGAUAUGGGUAAUAUGCAAACGAUACAGGAAGAAUUUGAGAAGCUCCUGAUACCAGUAAUUCCCAUUAAUGGAUCCCGGAAAAUCCACAUUGUUGAAUAUACCUUAAAUACAAAAUUGAAACCACUGGUAGAAAAUCGGGCAAGCAUUUUUGAGAAAUGUUAUCCAAUAUCACCAGCCCUUGCUCAGAAAAUGAUCAAUUUUACCUACAAGCAUAUCAGUUCUUUUGGCUAUUGGGACCCUGUGAAGCUAAGUGAAGGAGAUACAAUCAAGCCCGUUGAAAGAUUAGAGAAUCCCCUGUAUCCUGUAAUCCAUCGUCAGUAUAUUUAUUUUUUAUCUAACAAGAAAAAUAAAGAAAAAUUUAUGAAGAACCCAAUCAAGUAUAUCCGCCAACCUGAGCCUAAGCCUACUAUGCCCAUCAGGAUUGCAAUUGUGGGGCCUCCAAAAUCUGGGAAAACUACAGUUGCCCGAGCUUUUGCAAAGGAGUACGGUUUAAAGAGUUUGUCCAUGGGAGAUGCUCUGCGGUACAUAAUACACCACCAACCCGAAACAGAGCUGGCUCUUGUGAUUAAGUGGCAUCUUUAUAAAGGAGAGACAGUACCAGAUGAGUUAGCUAUUCAAGCCCUAGAAGUAUGUCUGAUGGAAAGUAUCUGCAACACUGCAGGUGUUGUUAUUGAUGGGUACCCUGUCACUAAACAUCAAGUGAAUAUCUUGGAAGCCAGGUCAAUCAUCCCCAUGGUCAUUUUUGAGCUGGAAGUGCCCCUUAAGGAAAUUUUUAAAAGAUUGGUGCUGCUGAAAAAAAAGGAGCCAAGUAAUCUACCCUACCCACUGCACAAUAGUGCACACAUCACAGCUGUGAAGGACGCAAAGUAUCACAAAAAUAUUCCUGAUAUUAAGCAAUUUUAUGAAGAACAACAUCAGAAUUGGCGUGUAAUUGAUGGAUUUCACAGUAAAUGGUGGGUAUGGAAUGAAGUCAUGAAAGCUACUCAAACAAUGAAUAAAUAUAUACAGACAUACCUGGGAAGAAUAAAGGAAGGAAAGGCUGCCCUCAUUGAUAAGCUAUGUAUCUCACCUCAAGAAUUAAUCUCUCGUCUGGGUGAAUUUGAACAGUUCUGCCCUGUCAGUUUGGCUGAAUUGGGUGAAUUAGUUGAUUGCUCUCUAACUGACUCACUGAAAUUUGCCGCGGAGUUCAGAGGGCACUAUUAUAAAAUGAGUUCUAGAGAAAACCUGAAUAAAUUUUUGGAGAACCCAGAACUCUAUGUGCCUCCAUUAGCCCCUCAUCCUCUCCCACCUGCCGACAUGAUCCCCAAGCAGCUGACGUUGUCAGAGUUGAAGAAGAGAUUUCCGAAAUGUGCAGAGCUGCAGGGCUACUGUCCAGUGACCUACCGGGAUGGAGAGCAAAGAUAUGAAGCUCUGGUACCUGGUAAUGUUAACUAUGCUGUAGAGUAUCGUGAUCGUAUAUAUAUUUGUGAGACUAAGGAAAAACUCCAGAAAUUUCUGAGGCUGCCAGAGAAAUACUGGGAUCAGACACUUCCUAACAAACUUCCCCCUUUAAAGGAACCGAUAUCACUUACUAGUCUACCUUUGCCUGGAUAUUUGGAACAGGGCACUGCCUCUUCUCUAAUUAAAGCAUUGAAUGCAGCAGGAUGCUUAAAACCAAAAUACCCCUUCUUAAGUGUAAAAAGAUCUGUGCUACUAUAUAUAGCACUUCAUCUAAAAGCCUUUAAUCCCAAAGGUUCUGAAUAUUCAAGAAAAACAUAUAAAAAGAAGAUGGAGCAGUUUGUGGAAAGAUGUGAGCUCAUCACAUACCUGAAUUCCAAGAUGACUAAAAAUUACAAGGAGCCUGAAUUUAGACCCAUUGACUUUGAUUUUAAGUUAGAGACCUUUAUGUCUCUUAGAAAUAGAGACCCUAUUAAUGAUAUAGCCUGA